CUUAGGAGUUGACCACUCGCGUCUCAAAUCGGGGCUCCACCUCCGACGGGGCCAAGCCUAGGUGGUCCCGCUUUUUUUCUAGGAAAUUUUGCAUCCAGCUCCAUCAAGCUCCUCGACUUCGACAAGGCCGCGCAUCGCACCCAUUGUGUGUUAAGGGCCCUACUACAGAUCUUCAGCAUCUGAAUUACAACCGAAGCCAAGAAGAACAACCCCGAUUCGAACGCACAACCGGCCAUAAUGGGUUUCGAUCGUGGUGGAAGAGGCGGCGGCAGAGGAGGCAACUUCCGCGGCGGUGGCGAUCGCGGCGGUCGCGGCGGAGCGAGAGGUGGACGUGGUGGUGGUCCUGGCGGUCGUGGUGGCCCUGCUGGUCGCGGGCGCGGCGGCCCUCCUGGUCGUGGCCGGGGAGCACCGCGUGGCGGCCGCGGUGGUGCUAGGGGUGGUGCUAAGGGAGCGAAGGGCGGCAAGAAGGUUGUCGUCGAGCCUCAUCGUCACAAGGGCGUCUUCGUCGCACGUGGCGGUAAGGAGGACCUCUUAGCCACGGCCAACCUGGUCCCUGGGGAGUCCGUGUACGGAGAGAAGAGGAUCUCCGUGGAGAACGCUGUCAAGGAAGAGGAUACUGUCGCUACGAAAACGGAGUACCGCAUUUGGAAUCCUUUCCGGAGUAAGCUUGCUGCCGGUAUCCUGGGUGGUCUGGAGACUAUCUACAUGAAACCUGGUUCCAAGGUCCUCUACCUCGGUGCUGCCUCGGGUACAUCAGUGUCUCACGUUGCCGACAUUGUCGGGCCAACUGGUGCUGUCUACGCCGUCGAGUUCUCGCACCGUUCAGGCCGUGAUCUCAUCAACAUGGCGACUCGUCGUACCAAUGUUAUCCCGAUUGUUGAGGACGCUCGCAAGCCGAUGGCUUAUCGGAUGCUUCUUCCCAUGGUUGAUGUGAUCUUUGCCGACGUUGCCCAACCCGAUCAGGCCAGAAUUGUCGGUAUCAACGCCAGACUGUUCCUGAAGCAGGGUGGUGGCCUUUUGAUCUCCAUCAAGGCGAGCUGCAUUGACAGCACAGCGCCACCCGAGCAAGUGUUUGCCAGCGAAGUUCAGAAGUUGCGGGAAGAUAAGUUCUUCCCCAAGGAGCAGCUUACCUUGGAGCCAUACGAGCGUGACCACGCCAUGGUAUCGUGUGUAUACCUACAGAAGGAGUUCGAGGGUUGAGACCACGGUUCGAUCUUGGUGUCGGCCCUGACACUCAUCUGGGCGUUCUCACGUUGGUUGGUGUUUAACAGGAUGGUUGGCUUGUUUUGAGUCUGGGCGGCGAAUGGCGUU